AUGGGAUACUCGGAAAACUCUGGGGCCGGUGAUUCGACCGGCCAUGAGCUUCGAAUUUCUUACCCCAUCGUCGUUUUCAUGAGCAUUUCCAUGUAUAACGUCAUCGAGCUCAACGUUCUCAUCCUUGCAACCUUCAAAAAACGAAAAGGCCUUUACUUCUGGAGUUUCCUCGCCGCCACCAAUGGAAUCGCACCUCAUUCUAUUGGAUUCUUACUUAAGAAUAUAUUACUCUGGGAUAACUUCAUGUUAUACAUCACCCUUAUAGCAGUCGGCUGGGUGAUGAUGGUUACCGGCCAGUCGCUUGUUCUAUAUUCACGACUCCACCUCAUUCUCUGGAAUGAGUUCUAUCGGAGGCUUGUUCUCGCCAUGAUAGUCACUAACGCUAUCAUCUUGCAUGUUCCCAUUAUUAUCCUUAUGUACGGCUCUAACAGCUCUCAUUCAAACCCCUGGGUUCACCCUUAUAUGGUCUACGAGAAAAUCCAGGUCACCAUUUUUUUCCUCCAGGAACUUAUUAUUUCAACCAUUUACAUCAAGACCUGUUUUUCCUUCUUCGACAUCCAAGUCACUUUGCAUGGAAAUGGCGUCCGCAGAAUGCGCAAGCACUUACUAUUGGUCAAUGUGAUCAUCAUCCUCCUCGACAUCCCGAUCCUCAUCCUCGAAUAUACCGACUUCUAUGACUUCCAGACCGCCUAUAAGGCCCUUGUCUAUAGCAUCAAGCUCAAGCUGGAGUUUAACAUCCUGAAUCGCCUCCUUGAGAUGUCACAC